AUAUGCUAUGUUUAUUUUUAAUAGAAACAUUAAGGUACAAUUGCAAAUUAUUUAUAAACAAAAAUUUAAUAGUAUAUAAGAUAUAGAUUACUUUCUAAAUAUCAGCCAAGAUAAUUAAAACCAAAGUUUUCGUUUGAUUAAAAAAGCUAUUAGUUUGCAGUAAAUUUUAGAAUUAAUAAAAUUUAGAAAGAGGAAGAUAACUAAAAGAUUUCAUUUGUUUAAAACUUGUCUCCUCAUUUUUCAAUUUAGAGAAUAAAACACAAUAGAACAAAUAUGAAUGGAGAAAAUUCUUCUAAUAGUAUUAAGUAAUCUUAAAUAGAGGAAGUUAAAUAAAGUUUGAACAGGAUAACAUUGAAUUUUAGGAGUAAAGAACUAUAGUAGCAGUAUGAAUUAGGAGUGUAUAAAUCAAAAGCGAAUUAACUCAUCAAAAUUUAUCUUCUUCUCACUCUAGUCACUGCAGCAGGCAUUAUUCAAUAUUCAAUAAAAGCUUAAAGUUAAAAUAAUACAAUUUUUUUAAUCGAUUUAGUAAGCCUGACCUUUAUUUUUGCUUUAAUUACUUGUUUGCUUAAAUACUUACCAAAAUUUAUAUGUCUAUGGAAUUUGAUUGCUAUUCUCUGCUACAACACUCACGUGAUUGUCUUAUAUUUUUUAAGUACUAAUAUAUAAACUUAGCAUGAUUUUUUAGGAUUUGCCUUAAUCAGCACAGUAGCUUGUUUUAUAGUAUAGCGCUACAAUCAUAAUUUUUUAUUAAUCCUUUUGAGCCUUCUCACUACAUUUGCUUCAUUUAGUUUGUAUUUAGAAUACUCAUUAUACGGUUUUUUAUCUAUUGCACUAAUUAUAUCUCUGUAUAGUCUAUACCAAACAGAAUACCUCUAACGACAGGCUUUUUGGUUUGAGAGGUUCAAUUGCUAAUAAAAUCAUAUUAUUGAGAAUGUUGUCACAUCUUCACUGUUCUACAUAAGGUAUAAUUAAAAAGAAGAGAGACUUGAAUUUUAGAGAGGAAACAAAAGAUUUUGUGAUAAAUUUGAAGUUAAGGACGAUGACUCAAUGAGAUAUUUUUUAAAAAAUACAAAAAUUUCUCAUAAAUCUGAAGAACAAUAGACUAUUAAUUCAAUGUGGAAUAGCGUAAAUAAUAACUGGAAAAGUAGUCUUGAUGGACUAAUACAUAUUAAAAUAAAAGAAUAAGAGACCAAGAUAUAAACAUAACUUAACCUUAAUGUAAUAAACAAAUAAAUAAAAGACCUUGAAAAUGAAAUUGAUAAAGAAAAAAAUUAGGUAAGCAACAAUCAGUAAUUAAUACAAUAGCAGCUAUCAAACAAUUAGACAAAUCCCUAGCCCCUAAGCAUCAUAGAAAGUAAUGGAUAAUCAGGCUACCUUUCUCAUAAAUCAUCUCCAGUUCAAAAGAAAAAUUCUCCAAAGGCAAUUAGUAAAAUGGCUGCUGCAUAAGCUACUUUACUAUAAAAUGAUAUAAAUUUAAACGAAAUAGAUAAAGAAAAAUAGAUUCUUUCAAGAGACGAGUUAGAUAAUAAUUUAAUUCCAUCUUCUUCUUAUAUGAGUAGAUAAAAUAUAAAUAUUUUCUCUCCACCUAAUUAGAACAGGAAAAACUACCUCCUCACUGACGAAUAAGCUUCAGCUUCAAAAAAAGCAUAUGGAGAAGACGAAUAGGAAAAAGAAAGAGAUGAUUCAAAAGAUCAAAGCAAGUAAAUGAUUCAUAAAAACAAAAAAUUGAAAAGAAUUAAUUCUGGACUUCAAAAUAUUAACCAGCCUUCUCCUUAAAUGAAUUUACAGAGGACUUUUACAUGGAGAAAUAAUAGUUCCGAUACUUAAGUAUAUAAGGCAAAAUACACAAAUUAGGCUGGCGAAAAAAUAAAAUUUUUAAUAAGGAUAUUAAUAUUUAAAAUGAAUGACACUUACAUUGCAGUAAGCAUUGAAAAAGAAGAAAAAAGUAAAAAAUAUAAAUAGCUUAAAAAUAAAAUUUAGUUUUUUGAAUAAGUAUUUAACCAAAUGAUUAAAGAUUGCGACAAAGUAUCUUAAUAAGAAGUAAGUGUUCUAAGAAAAUUAAUUUAACUUUCUAGUUUAUAGCAGCAGUAAAUAUAGUAAUUAAACUAAACAAAUUAAAAUAAUACAAACUAACUUUCUUCUUAGCUAUUAUCUCUUAAUAUUGAAUGUCCAAGAAGAUAAUCUAUUGAGAAAAACCUAUUAAAAUAAAAUACAAGAGAAUCAUCUUUUUCAAUCUCUAACCAAGAAAAAAAAGAAUUUGGAAGUCUAAGAUAAAUAAAAUAAAAAGAGCAAUCUCAAAUAACAAAUUUAAACACAGCAGCAACUAGCAGUCAUUAGUAAGAUGUUAAUGCUACUUUAAAUUAAGAUAACAACAAUGUUUUAGGGUCCGUAUAAGCAUUUGUUAAUACUUAUUAAAACAAUUCUUUGUUUUAGAUAAACUAACAGACAGGGAUACUUAAAAAACCCUCAUUGUAAUGUUCACCUGUAAAUUAAUAGAUUGCUUAUAAGAGCUCAAAGUACAUAACAAAUAUUCAGGAUAUUCCUUAAAGAAUAUCAUUUUAGGUUUAGAAUAAUACUACAAAUGUAGGAAAUAAUGCAGCCUCCACUAUAUUAAAAUCAGAUUUAAAUGAAAUUUCAAAAGUGAUCUCACCAUCUGAAAAAUAAGUAUAAAUUGAAUAUCAAUCAGUGCUUCCAAACUAAUCGUUAUUUUAUUAACUUAAUCAAAGCCUUUUUAAACCUGCUUAACAAAAUACAUAAUCACUAUAUUAAUUUAGCACUUUUAAUAAUAUUUUAAAAAAUGGUAUUCCACCUCCUAACAAUGGCACCAAUAAUUUACAACAAAGCCACUCAUAAAUUUAACAAAAUAUAUAUAAAUUGCUGUCUUUAGUUUAUAAUAACAAAUACCAUAUUACGAAUUAUAAUUAUUUUUUUUAAUUCUUUAAAAAACGCACUCAUCUAGAAACAUUUACAAAUAUUAAUCUGUCAUUUAUUAUAGAAAAUGUCGUUUAAAUGCUUAAACAAGAGGCUAAACUAUAAAAAAUAUAAAUCUAUACUGACUAUUUUGACAAUGAUGUAAAAGUAAACACAGAUCAAAAUGCUCUCCGCCAAAUUAUAUAUAAUCUAUUAUACAAUGCUAUUUAAAAUACUCCUAAAAAUGGAUUCAUCGCUCUAAGAGUUUAAGUCGAUAGUAAAUAUAAUGACUGCAUAAAAAUUAAAAUAAGAAAUUCCCUCAAAUAGAAUUCACCUGAUAAAUCUAUGUUAUCAACUCCAUAUUAAGAAGAUUGUAAAUUUAAGUUAGAAGAAAUGAUUAGCUAUCUUAAAAGAAAGGGUAGGGUAAACCUUGGAUUGAGAAUUUCAUAAAGGUUAAUUAAAAUUCUUGGCCCUACAGAUAAAAUUAUUUUAAAAGGAGAGAAAAUAGACUGUUUUUAAGUAGAAUUUUCUUUUUAUGCGAACUUAAAUGUUGUUUAAAAAGGAAGUCUUACAUAAUUUCCUUCAUAGAAAGCCCUUCACUCAAGUCAUGCAAACUCUUAUGAUAAAAAUAAUAAUCUAAGUGAAAAAGGUCUAAAUGCCUCUAACUUUUAGAAUAUUGCUGCUAAUUCUGACGGAUAAGUUUCAGAAUAACCCAAAAAAAAUUUGCUAGGAUUAUAUUAAACAAUUUUUAAAGCCCAAAACCCAUUCUAAAGUUAAUAGCAAGAUAGAAUAAUAAAUUCCGAUUAGUCUUUUGAUAGUUUUGUAGAAUAAUUAUAAAACUAAGAGUAAGCUAUCGAAUAAGAUUUUGAAAGAAAAGUGUUCUCUGCUGAUAGAUUUAAGCAUCUUAAGUGA